UGUGCAUCGGGCUACACUUGAUGUUGUUAUAGUGGAUCCUCCAACUAUUAUGGAAGAUUAUGUCUCAUACCUCCUUUAACUUGAUCCUAUUAAAAAAAGGAGAAGGGUGCUUACACAUGUAACUGUCAUUUUGUAGAGUAAAAUCUGUUAUGAACUCUUCCUAACUACCCCCAUCUAAGACUAAGUAACAAAAGAAUAGUAGAAAAAUAGGAAAACUCCAAAAGUAUUUAAAAACCCUAGACUGUCUCUAGCUAUUUAUAUGCACCUAAGAGACCUUCCUAACCUCUGCCUCUCCUCUGCAUAGUGUGUACUUUGGCUCCUCAGAAAAUGAAUGACAUGUUUCUUUAGACCGACCUUCUUGCUAUAUUGACGUCCAUUUCCAUCCUAAAAAAGAUCCCAAAAAGAGAGAAAAGCAAAGCCAUUUCAGUAAAAGAUGAGGGGAAGAUCUUCACCAAAGCAAGGAGGAGUUAUGGAAGUAGCAAAGGUUGAUAAACUAAAACAAGAGCCUCAUCUCUCUGGUGCCUAUAUUAGAAGCCUAGUCAAACAGUUAACUUCUUCAAGAACCAAAGAUCCCUUGAAUCCUAAAGACCAUGAUGAUUCACUAGAGAAUUCAACAAAACUUGAUGAUACUUUGUGUAGUGAUACACAAUUUUCAUCACCACAGCCAGCAGCACCACCACAGAUUAAAAAGAAACAAGUGAGGAGGAGACUCCACACUAGUAGACCUUAUCAAGAGAGGCUUUUAAAUAUGGCCGAGGCUCGGCGUGAGAUUGUCACUGCCCUUAAGUUUCAUAGAGCGUCUAUGAAACAACAGCAGCAACAACAACAACAAUCACACACUGAGCCACAGUCGUUGCAGACUUGGCCUCAGGAAUCUUUAGGGGAAGAACAAGGGAAGCCAAAAUCCCGGAGAAACCCCAGGAUUUAUGCUUCCAACACCAUGGCUAAUAACUUACCAUGUUACAACAUGGAAAAUUUCUCCAAUUCAACCUUCCCUUGUCUUCCUCAAUAUCCUUAUUCUUGCCCUGUUUCAUCCUUUGGUUCCCAAUUACCUUUCCAAGACAACAUGAAUUUUCCACUUCCCAACCAAACAUUAGGAUUGAAUCUCAAUUUCCAUGAUUUCAACAAUUUAGACGCAACCCCUUAUUGUAGCAUCAGCAAUAAAAAUUCAAUCUUUUCAUCAUCAUCUUCUUCAGAUGAAUUCCAUUAUGUGGGAGAAGGGGUUGGUCCUAUUGGUGAAAUGGUGAAUUCAAGGUUGCAUCCAUCAAUGGAUGACCAAGAAAUGGAAGAGAUCAGAUCAGUAGGGGAACAACAUGAGAUGGAGUGGAAUGACACACUCAAUUUGGCAACUUCAGCUUGGUGGUUCAAGUUCUUGAAGGCAAUGGAAAUGGGACCUGAUGAGAAGAACAUUGCUGAGGAUUAUGGAUGUUAUCCAUUUGAUGAAGUCAUGGAAUUCCCUCCUUGGUUUAAUCCAAAUGAAACCUGCUUGCAACAACAUGUCGAUGAUACCUAUUCUCAUCCUACCUUACCAUGUAUGGACAUUGAAGAAAUUGAAGGAAUGGAUGUGGAGUGGUUGGCUUGAAAAGAAGAAGAUUGACGGUUUUUUUUUUUAAUUAUAAUCAAAUCUUUGGCCUUUAUAUUGAAGCCCCAAAUUGCUGUUUUUUUUUCUUUUGGGGAAGGAGGAUUUUAAAUUUCUCAAUUUCUUUGUCUUUUAUUUUAUUUUAUUUAUUAAAAAAAAAGAGCAGUAAUAAAGGCGUUUGCUAGAAAUCGCAGGGUCUAGAGAAAAAUAAUAGACGAGGGAGAAAUUAAUUAUUAUAUGUAUGUCUCCCAGUUUUGCUUUUCUGUCAAUUAUGAGAGAUCUGGUAUUUAAUGGUUCUCAUCAUUGUAUUU